AUGGCUCUUCCGGACUGCUUCGUCCUCUUUUCCCGCUGCCAGAAUGGUGAUCGCACGUUCUGCCUCUUCGCCGUCCUCUUGGUUCUUUCCGUGAUCCUUGUGUCCCUCGUCGUCUGCAGGUCCAGAAUCCCGCUCUCCUCUUCCGAUACCAUCCAGACCAGCACGGCAGAUAAGGCCUGUGCGACUCGUCGGCAUACUGGGAUGACAUCCCAUAAUCCUGAGAAACAAAGAGUACUGCACAAUCAGCAUGCGAGGUCGCUCCGUGACAAGCUCCGGCCCUGGACGACCCCGGUGAAGCUGCUUAUAUAUUUCAGCGUCCUCUUUAUCGCCCUGGCGAUCGCUCUCGCCUUGUUCCUUACCGACCCGGGGGAGGCAGAGGAAGACACAGACGGCCGCGAGGAGGCCGCCCGGUCGCUGAAAGAUGUCGAUCAUGUCAUCAUCUUCAUGCAAGAAAACCGAUCAUGGAAUACGUACUUUGGAACAAUGGCAGGCACGAGAGGGUUCCAGGAUCCCAAUGUCCAGGUCAACCCUGACGGCUUGCCUGUUUGGUUCCAGAAAGUCGAUUCCGAUCAAUCCACCGAUACCAAGACCCUCCUCCCAUGGCAUCUGGGAUAUCUCGGAGGAAACUGGUCUGAGGCCAUCCAGUGUAUGGCUGCCGGGAGUAACGGCUACCGCGCAAACCAAGCAGCCCUGAACUACGGGCUGAACAACCAAUGGGUGACAGAUAACACCCCAUGGAGCUGGGGAUACCUGAAAAGGGAUGACAUUCCGGUUCAAUUUGCUCUUGCCGAAGAAUGGACGGUGGCAGAUAUGUAUCAACAAUCACAAAUAACGUCAACGAACCCUAAUCGUGUCAUGCUGGUGAGCGGUUCCAUCAACGCUCCUGGCAGCCCACAGAGCCCGGACGAAGGAGGAGUAUAUCUAGACAACACCGAAACUCCGGGUUGUGAAAAGCCCAAUGUAAACUGCUACCCCCUGAAAUGGAAAACCAUCUUCGAGCUCUACGAAGACGCCGGAGUAUCCUGGCAAGUCUACCAGGGCGAAGACAACUUUGACGAUAACCCCCUUGCUUGGUUCGAGCAAUACCAGAAUGCACGGCCUGGUACACCCUUGGCGGACAAGGGCAUGGCCUUUCUCGGGCUGGACAAAUUUUACAAAGAUGCCGCAAAGGGAACAUUGCCACAGAUCAGCUUUAUCGUAGGGCCGAGAGAGCUGUCCGAGCAUGCGCCGUAUUCGCCCAAGGAUGGUGCGUGGCUGCAGGAGAAGGUCGUCGAGGCCGUGACCAAGAGCCCAAAGUACGGUAAGAGCGUGCUGAUGAUCAGUUUUGACGAAUCUGGUGGAUGGGGCGACCACGUUCCGCCAUACCACUCGCCGACAGACACGCCAGGAGAAUGGAUCGAUGACUACUUGGGAAUCUUUGGAAGAAUUUUCACCGGUCCUGGCUUCCGCGUGCCGUUCUACAUCAUCUCCCCCUGGACCCGUGGCGGUCGAGUCCUCACCGAGCACUCAGAUCACACUUCACAGAUUCUCUUCAUCGAAGAAUGGCUCACUGCCAAGGGCAUCGAGAACAUCAAAUCGCCCGAGGUGGUCCCCUGGCGGAGAGAACACAUGUCGAAUCUCGUCAACGCAUUUGAUUUUGAAAACGCACGUACCCAAACCAUUCUAUUCCGGAUCUAUAUCAGACACGUCGAACUAACUCUAUACUUCCAGCCCGACCUCUCCCUCCCUAACCUCCCCAAAGCCGAACUCCCCCACCGCGAUGAAUCCGGAAACUGGGACGGCAGCGCGUACUGCGAAUCCCUCUACCCGGAGACCCGCCCUCCGGUGCCCUACGACUCUCAACCCGAUCGCAUGCCCACCGACCUCGUCGAAGAAGGUUACAAGGAAUGCAUCGGCACCCUCACCGAGGGCCGCUUCCUCGUCUUUUCCACCACCGAACAAUCACGCCUCCUCCUGCACUCCAACCCCGACGACCUCACCACCACCGACGCCACCAAUGCUGAUCCCGAUUCCGAUUCCGAUCCUGAUCUCGACUAUAGCAGCUUAUAUCGCCACCGUGACGCCCGCUGGGUCCUCCACUACUACAACAACAAUUCCACCUCCUCCACGGACGUCAACACUACCGCCAUCAACCAGGACCCUCCAUAUCUCCUAUCUAGCGGCAACCGACGCGUCUGGCUGGGCGAGGAGGGCAAGCUCGUCCCACGCCGUGACGCGGUCGCCAUAGAUAUCGAUUUCGUGCGCGGCGAUGGGGAGGACAAGGGCAAGGGUUAUUACAUCAAGUACCACGAUCGAGACGACGGGUAUAUAUCCGUUAAUGAGGAUGGGGGUGUGCGUGUUGGCGAAGAGAAGACGAAGUUCAAGGUGUUGAGCGUGACGUAUCAUGAUUGAACAUACAAAAGAAAAGGAGGAAUAUGCAUGGCUGGCUACAUACGAUCGUUUUACGGAAUAUAUAUAUUGACGAAUGUUUCACGACGACUGGGGUUCCUGGGAAGGGUUAUUUCGUGUGGGAAUAGAGACAAGGGAGUAGGGCGCAUAAUUGGGGGUCAAACCGGGGGGAUAUUUGCUGAUUAUUUAUUAUCAUACACUCUUGUUUCUUCCCCAUCAAGAAGGGAAGAUAAAAUUCCAGCACGGCUAAAACCUAUUCAGGCAUAGUUGAGACUAUAAAAAUUUAACAGG